UGCAUGAAAAAUACAAAACCAGUAUUUUCUAUCCACUAAACAAACUAAAUUAUUAAAUAUAAAAUAAUUAAAGCUAAACAGAUAGAUCUAUUUUAUAACGAUCAUAUCGAAAUGAGAAAUAAAAAUAAUUCUAAUGUGGCUUAAUUCAUAACAGGAGAUUUCUCUCAAUAUGCACGAAGCUGCGCAGCUCUUUCUACUGAAAAAUAAAUUGAUUUUUAGACAAUGAGAUACAAGGAUACAAGUCCUUUGAAUAUUAAAGCUAAGGCUGUUUAACAAUAUUAACAAACUCAAAACUAAGCAAUACAAUUAAAAUCAAAUAAUUCAAACAGAGGUUUAUAAUUUUAUUUAAGCAUGAAUAAUUAAACUUUAGAUGGUAGAAUUAGUAGACUUUAAAAUGAUUAAAAAGCUGGAUUGGAUUAGUAAGCCCAGAAAUCUGCUUAAGAUAAAAACUAAAGUAUAAAAAGUUUAGACACACUUAAAAGAAGAGUAUUAGAUACCACUUUAAAAGUUGAUAAAGAAAAUAUAUUCAACUUGAUAAGUUAUCCUUAAACGACUUAAGCUAGAAAUUAAACUUUACGAAUAUUUAGACAUCAAGAAAAAAAUAUUUUUUAAGAUGAUAAGCAUGCUACUUAAAAUCGCUAAUUCACAGAGGAUGCUCUUUUUUAAGAGGAAGUCCAUAAAGGAUCUUCUAUAAAAGCAUAAUAAGCUAAGGUGGGAUUAUAAACAGAUGCUCUUAACUAAGAAUAAAAUCAUUAUGAAGGUUAAUUAUAGUAGGCUUCAGAAAGCACAAAAAACGUUUUAAAUACUUCUUUAUCUCUAAAUAGCAGAUUAGGCAGAAAGCGAAAUAAUGUUAUGGAAGUUUAGUGUUUAAGUUAGUUAAAUAAUUAUUAAAGUGAUAUUCAUGGAUACUAAACUAUUAGAAAUAGGUAAAAAGUUAGUAGGAAAAGUGAAGGACCUUUAAUUUAAUACUAGCAAUGCGAAUAAUUAAAGGUAUAAUCGAGACAUUCAUUCUAAAUUGGUUAAUAAAAUAAUGAUAUGUCUAAUGAUGAUACCUCUACAGCCUAGUUCUCUUAAAAAAUUACAUCUAACACAACCAAUAAGCAAAUUUCAAAUCAACUCUUAGAGCAAAACUAUUCGUUAUAAAACAAAACUUUUCUUUUUCCCCUAAACUAACAAAAUAUUUAUCCUUAGGCAUUUAAUGCUAAAUCUUAAGAGAGGAUAUAGAACUAAAAUGGAAUUAAGAAUUAAUCACUUAAGUUUUAAGUAAAUAGUGAAAGAAAUAUAUGCCCUAAUUUAAAAAACUUAAGUUUAAAAAGGGAAUAAAACAAAUACAACUUUGAUUCUUUUAAGAUGAUAUCACAAGAUAACUCUAGAUUGAAUAAAAAUAAUUAAGAAAUUAUGAUAAAAAGUGAAGUUUGUUAAACUAAACUUAGUAACAAUUAAAGUAACUAAGAGUAAAAUUAGAAUGUAUAAAUAAAGUCAAAAGAAUGUUUACCAUUAGAGAUAAUCAAUAAAAACAAUAAUAUACACCACGAAGAAUGGAACAACAACUUUUUCCACUUAAAUUCUAAAAAUUACAACGAACUUUUAAAGUGUCAAUUAAAGACAGCCAGCAAUUUUAACAAUAUCAAUAAAGAUAAUUAAGAUUAAUUAAAAAAAACUAAAAUAUUUUUUUCUUCUAAGCAGCAUAAAAAAUUCGAACCCUCCUAAAAUAAUUUUAUUGAAAAUAAAUAAUUACAUAACUCUCCUCCAUAAGAUGUUGUAAUACCUACUUCUCCACUAGCUUCCUAAGACUUAAAUAAAAUUUCUCAAAAAUAUACCAAAAAAAAAGAAAAUUAAAAUGUUAAUUUUAAUAGUCAAAGGAGAUACUAAGGAUAGAAUAGAGAGGCGAAAAAACAGAAUAGAAGAGGUUCAAGCUUAAUGGAGUAGCUAGAAUACGAAUACAACAACUCUUACUACAAUUAAAAUUUUAAUUCUUAAUAAUCAUAAAUUAAUCUUUAAAAUUAAAAUAUGAGCACCUUAAUUUAAAAUAAUGUAAUAAACUCUUCUCCUUUGAUUUAAAUAAACUAAACUCCCUCUUAGAGUUUUAGUAUUUCACUCAGUAACAACAAUAAUAAUAAUAAUAAGAUUAUGAAGAAGCACAACUAGCAUACUUCUUAGCUUUUUUCAUAAAUAUCUACAUUUACAAAUUUAAAUAUAUUGGAAUAGGAAGAAGAUUAAGGUAAUGAGUCAAUAAAAUAGCUAGGAUUAUAAAAAACGCCUUCAAUAAUUUUAGCAACUCCUUCUUUAAGCAAAUAUGGUUCUAUGAAUUUCGAUUAACAGCCAUAAAAUAAUAUGAAUUGUAAGGAGAUUAAUAAUUAUUUUGUAGAUAUGAAAAAAUUACUCAACGAGUAAAUAAAGCUUGAUUAACAGUUUUAAACAAUGAUUGAAUAAAAACUACUAAUUAAUGUUGAUUAGUUUCUUUAUUUCUUAAGCCAUUUUUGGAAGUUUUGUAUUGAGAAUUUUGAUAAUUGUUAGAAAGACUUCGCAAUUUUCAAAAUAGAAGAAUAGUAUCUCUAAAAAAUAAACGAUAUAAUGAACAAUUUCUUAAAUUAACAAUACAAUUUAAGUAAAGAGAAAAUAUCUAUAUUUAUGAGCUCAUUUUACUUUCAUAGCUAGAGGUUGAUUUUACCUAAGAAUUUAUUUGAGCAUAUUGGAGGUUAGAAUUAAGCCCAAAAAUUAAUAAAUAAAAUCAUAAAUCACUUAAAGUUUGACAUUUCAUUUGGUGUGCAAUUUGCAAAAAUUUUAAGUGAGAUAGAUCCUAUUAAGGCAGGUGAAGUUUUUUGUUCAUUUUUGAAGGAUGAUAUUGAAGGUAUAAAAGAAGCUAUUAUCUAUGCUAAUUAGUAGCUUAGUAUAACAUAGGUUGAAUUUUUCCUAAUAAAAUAAACAAUAUAUCAUGUUCUAAAGUCUGAAUAACUCUUAAGAAAAGAUCAUAAAAUGAAUAUCAUAGAGAAAUUUGAAAAACUAAGAGCAUUCAUUCUCUAAGAUCAUACAUAACUUAAUCUUUUGUAAAAUUAAAAUAUACACGAAGCCCUGAUGAUUAAAAUUAGAAAUUCUAGAUAAGUUUUUAAGAAAUUUAAAAAUAAAGAGAGACAAGCCAUUGUAGAUUUUGCUUAAUUUACUUUUUCUAUGAUAUUUGGAAGAACAACAAUAUAAGAAUAUAUUGAAAAGCUAAAAUUUGAAAUAUUUUUUUAACCAUGCUAAGCAUAGUAAUAAAUUACAGACUAAUUAUUAGAAGAAUUUGAGUAAGUUAAAGAUAAAAACGAAGAAGAAGAUUGGUAGUUAAGAUUAUUAAGUUUUGUAAAUGAAAUAGAAGAAUUAGUUAUAGAAUCUGUCAAUGAUUUUAUGGAUUUAUCUUCAAUUUAUAACACAGAAAAGCAUAUCAAAUUAAAAUUUUAGUUUAUUAAAGAAAGUAUUAACAAAUCAUUUUUAUCAGUUGUUAAUAAAGGAAGUACUUUAAUUAAGGAGUUAAGAUUUUGGGCUGUGACUAAUUUUAAAAAAUAUUUAAAAAAUAUUGAAAUGACAGAAGGAGAAAACAGUAGAUUAGAUAUAAUGGACUCUAUCUUGAAGUUUUAUUUCUACAGAAAAUCGGAUGUUUUCUCAUUUUAUGAUGUUCCUAUAGCUAUUAAUUACUUCCCAAUAACAAAAAAUGCAGUAGAGUAUUGGUUAAUUGGUUUGAAAGCUAUACUGAAUGAAAACAGAUUUGGAUUAAGUUAAUCUGAAAUAGAUACUAUCAUAAAUUAAAUUUAGUCAUUGUUUAGUGUAAGAUGGGUAAAGAAAAAAAACUAACUAUUUUUUAUACAAACAUCAUAAAUAUGA